ACACACGCACUCACACACACACACACACAUACACUCACAUGCACCCGCGGCUCGGAGGGAAAGUAUCGCGAGAGCGGCCGGCUAACAACCUGCUCCACAACACCGCCGCGCCGCCGGCCCCGCGCCGCACCCGCGCAGCGCCGCGCACAUGCGGACGCACAGCCCCGCCGUCGGACGCCGGUUAUGAAGGAAGAAUGGAGUUUCCAGACCAUAGCCGCCAGUUGCUGCAGUGUCUGAGUCAGCAGCGUCACCAGGGCUUCCUGUGUGACUGUACUGUUUUAGUUGGAGAAGCUCAAUUCAGAGCUCACAGAGCCGUUCUUGCCUCUUGCAGUAUGUACUUCCAUCUUUUCUACAGGGACCAGUUAGACAAAAGGGAUAUUGUGCAUCUGAACAGUGACAUUGUCACAGCCCCUGCCUUCAGCCUGCUGCUCGAAUUCAUGUACGAGGGAAAGCUGGAAUUCAACAGUCUCCCGGUCGAAGAUGUGCUGGCUGCAGCUAGCUACCUUCACAUGUAUGACAUUGUGAAAGUCUGCAAGGGCAAGUUGAAAGAUAAAGAACUGUGUUCUGAAGAGAAGAUUAAUGAUGAGGCGGCUGGUUUGGAGAAAGCGGAGCAUUUUCUAGACGCCGGAGUGCCCCUGGUCCACGAGUUUGACCCAGGAAACAAACAAAAAUUCAGCGUUGCAGAAUACGAGAGAGCAGCAGGCAAAGAAAAGGUCAGCAGUCACCCCGCCUGGUCCUCUGAUCAUAUAAGUGUCAGCUCUGUGCCGACAGAGGCAGAACCGUGCACCGCAGCAGCUGGAAAAACAAAGGCUAAUGUCAAUAGUUCCACAGGACCUUUGUCCCAAAGGUCUGUUAACCAUCCCCUGGCUUCGAGUGAUGUGGACUGCGCGCUGGAUUUGUCUUUCAAGCCUGUGCCGGGGAGAGAUUCCUUACACCCCUCCUAUGUCUUUGGACAGCUGGCUUCCGACAGCCAGCAGCAGGGUACCGAGCCACUUGUUAAAGAUGAACAAGACUUGCUGUCAGAUCAGGAGGACGGCGAAGCCAGGAGUCCGGAGAGUCAGCAUUUUGGGAAUUCUGCCAAAAGCCUAGUGACAGGGUUAGGACACAUGUUCGCGGGGAAUGGCAGCUCUCAUGCCCGAGAGGAGGAUAUAGAUCAAGAGCGAGACGAGAGCGAGGACGACAUGGAUUCGUCGGACAUCUCCUCCUCGGGCGUCCUCGUGCCUCCCGGGCAUAUCUGCAUUUGCCCCCUCUGUAGCAAGGUGUUCCCGAGCCCUCACAUCCUCCAGCUGCACCUAAGCUCCCACUUCCGCGACAAGGACGGCUCCCGGACCCGCCUGUCCCCCGACGGGUCGGUCCCCACUUGCACCCUCUGCGGAAAGACUUUUUCUUGCAUGUACACGUUAAAGAGGCACGAGAGGACUCACUCGGGGGAGAAGCCCUACACCUGCGGCCAGUGCGGAAAGAGCUUCCAGUAUUCCCACAACCUCAGCCGCCACGCCGUGGUGCACACCAGGGAGAAACCCCACGGCUGCAAGUGGUGCGAGAGACGCUUCACGCAGUCGGGGGAUUUGUACAGACACAUCCGCAAAUUUCAUUGUGGCCUUGUAAAGUCCUUGGUUGUUUGAGACACGGCAUCGGUUUGGGGUUUUUUUUAUGUUAAAGAUUGUUUUGGGGUUUGUUUUUACAUGGUUUCCCCCCCCUCCCCACACACACCCCCCCACACGCACCCCCUUUCUAUUUAAAACAGGAAAAAAGGCAGCAUCCAAAUUUCAAUUCUCCCUCCCCCAAUCCCUUCCUCUAUUUUAUUUUGGUGAUAUUCACUUCAGGUAUAUGAUCUUCAAAAGAUGCAGAGGUAUACACUCCAGAGGCCUUUUAAUGCAAUCCUUCCACCUCUCCAUCUCCCCUCUUGCCCUGCCACCCUCCCUUCCCAGCACCGUCCUUUAGGUCUUACGCACCCACGUUACAUUAUUAAUGUGAAAUGAUCUAAGUAAUUCUGCAAUGAUUUAGCAUCUGUUUUCGUGCUGCAAGUACUUACUUCACGGUCAGGGGUUUUGGGUUUGUUUCUGUGUUUUGUUGUUGUUGCUUUGGGUUGUUUGUUUUUUUUUUUUUUUUUAGUUUGAAAAAAGAUUAUCAGCAAAUUCAGGAGAAAAAUUUGGAUUCCAUUAAGGCCCCCCUAAUGCUCUCUGUGUGUUGCACAGAAACAUCCAAAGAGAUGAAGUAUGAUUUAAACACAUUUCACUGUAGAGGAACUUGUCUGCCUAUCGCAGAGAAAAGCGGCCGUACUCUUAUUUUAUACAGCUAAAUGAGACUUUCCAUUGGCCUAAAUUAUAAAGGGGGUUGAAGAUUCCUGGCUGCAUCUUUGGUACUGAUCAUUUCUUGUGUUCUUUCUUAUAUUAGAGUAGUUUUGCAAUCAGUCCUAAAAGCUGAAUCGGGACUUGACUUAAGUGUUCCCUUCCCACCCAUCUUCCUCUGUGGGCUGACCUGCUGAAAAGCUGCUUUAGAGCAUAAAGUGUGGAUGGGAAAAGUGUUUCUGUCUGCAGCAUAUUCACUCCUGAAACGCUAAAGGAUGUACCCUAGGAUGUAUGAAAAGUCAUGUUGUAGAAUCAUGUGACACAUGAAUAUUUUCAUUCCCCUUUCCACAUCCAGGGGCUGAUCUUUUUACCCUCUUGAGGGAGGGAGAGCAGCCCUCAAGUGAAUAAAUCACCCCUUGAUGUCAGGCUCCUGGGGUGCCUUAGUUCAAGGCAACCCAAACCACGUGUCUUGGGGGAUGCUCUCCUAUCUUGUCUUGAAAAGUUUGCUGAUGUGCUAAAUUCAGCAGCUCAGAAGUUUAUGUUGUUUUGGGUUUUUUUUUAUGAAGUUGGUAAUUCCCUCUGAGGCAAAUUGUGUGCAAUCGCUGAUGUUUCGAAGGGGCAGUGUGAAGACAAACUGCUGGAGGGAAAACAUGGCCCAACUUUCCCUCAAGCCUCACCUUUUCAGGGGAGUUUCUUGGGGUAUUUUUAGGUGUUUUUGUUUGGAACCUGAGGCUGCCUGUAACUAUAACCAGUUUUACUCCAAAUAACUCCCUUGCCUAGCAGAGCAUCCUUUGGGCUGUGAACACUAGAUUAUUCCCUUCCAGUCAAAUCGCCCAUUCAAGGUACACUUACAUGGGACUGAAACACAAUAAUAGGUGAGGGUUUUGAAUGGCUGUGUUAGCAUUGCUUCACCAGCUUUGCCGACACUCCUGGAGUUGUUUUGUGAAGCUUAAAAGUGUUUAUUUUGAAAGGAAAUUUGAAGCACUGAUUUAGAUUAUUUUUACAAGUUGUGCUUAAAAUACUGUAUGAGGAAAAAAAUUCCCCAAUGCCUUCCCCCUCUGGUCCAAACCCUGAGCACUACCUACAUCAAGGACAUGGGCUUGAUUAUUAUUUUUUUAAGGUUUUGUUUUUAAAGAAGUCCUUCCUCUUUUUAAAGCAAAUCAAGAUAUACUUGUUACAGCCUCCUCUUACUCUUCAUCUCUUCAAACUAUGAAUGUACAUGUAAUGUGAAGUUUUUUGCAUCUAUUUAUAGUUUUGGGGGUUUUUGUUUUCAGUCGGGUUUCUUGACUGCAAAAUGGGGUAUUUUUUGCUGAACCUGUUACAUAUGAAAGUCGUGGGAGAGUACUGUAUCUUGAACAUAAGUGGCUUUGGUACUGUGGUUUUAUUCUGCUUAAAUUGUUUUUUUCUCUUUUUUCCUUUUUUUUGCUGUGAUUGGAAAUAGCA